GAACAAUUUUAGGGUAAGUAACUUACUCAACAGUAAUAUAGCCAAAGAUGGGGAUUGAACCUGCAACCCUUGGGUCCCAAGGUAACAGCUCUAACCACUAUAUUACCUGCUGUCCCUGGUGAGAUAGUGUGAUUAGUGUCUGUGCAUGUUUGUACUUUACUGUCUACACCUUUUGUAAUUUCUGUCAUCAAGUAUCAAUGUCAGUGUUACAACUCCAGUGCUCACAAUAAGGGCCAAACUGUGGCACAUCCAGGCUGGGGGAGAGGAGGAGUGACUUCACCCCAGCUGUGGGUAAUACUUGGUCCUAUUUUACCCCCUCUUCCCCAACAGCAAGGGAGACCAACUCGGGAGCUCCAGACGAACACCAGACCCGAGAACUUGAGAAAACGCAAACCUCAGACUCUGAAGUCUCGACGCCCUACAGAGAGAGCACAAGGCACAAAUUCAUGAAGAAAGCACCCCUUCCCCCGUUCACAGUUCCCCUUCACUGAUGCAGCGCACGUGUGAAUAAAAAGUCCUUUUCACCUAUUAGACACAUCUUGCGUGUUUGUGCCGCAAGCAUUUAUGUGAAAAAACAUUCCAACUACAUCUGAACAGCAGCUACCAUCCUGCCCUCUUUUAUUACCCACCUCUACUUGUUGUCCUUUUUGAUCGUUGCAUAAGGGCAGACAAAUGAAAAAAAAUGCAUUUCUGAUAAAAUCCCAGAAUUUAUGUACAUGCUACUGAAUAUGGCGAUCAGUCUAGGAAUUUCCAUUAAAAUAACUUCUGUCAUCUUUUUUCCUCUCUUUUUUUAAUUACGAUACUUUCAUCCCUUGUUCAGUUAACCCUUUGCUUAACCUUUCUCUUUAAAUUUCUUACUUGUUGGUUUUUAAUAGCCUUCUUUCUUGCAUGUCCCUCUCAGUUAUGUUACAUGGUCUUUGUUCUCACCGUGUCUGUCAUUGUCAGUCACCUUCUCUUUGAUCCAUAAAUUUGCCAUUUCAGGUGCUGGGAUUAACAAUAUCUUAUUAAACUCCACCUCAUAUAUGUCACGUCAGCAAUAAACUCAGCUAUAGGGAAGACCUCUUUUUCCCAGGCCUUGCAUCAAUAAAACAGUUGAGCACUAAUGCCAAUUAUCUCUACCUGCUAAGUACUUACAAUGACAAAGAUUCAAGGCCAAAUGGCCACCCAUUCUCCACCUCACCAAAAACAUUUGUUGCUCGAUUGCAGGUGAGUCGGAGACUUCAGCACAUAAAGGGUUAGCUCCCCCAGUUGUCUUCACCCCCAACCUAGGCUCAGAAGGGUAUAAAUUGAGCAGUAGUGACUCUGGCGUCUUUCAGCAUCACUUCUGCUCUUAAUCUUGUCCAAGAAGUGCAAGAAAAACGUAGAGAUGGAACUACUGCUAAUUCUCACUGUACUUCUUUCCUGCAUCCAUAGGGGCGAGGGACACCUGCUGCACUCAUUGAUUGAAUUUCAGGGGAAGGCUAACUCCCCUCAGCUGGGGGAUCUACCAGACAGCAGCAAUGGAAAAGAACGUGAUGCCGAUUUUGGGCGACGGUGGCUGGCGCGUGACCGUCGUGAGGCCGAGUCUCCCUGCAGCUUGCGCACGCUACUGCUACAGGUGCGAGACCUAGGUCUAGGCUAUGACUCGGAUGAGAUGGUGGUGUUUAAGUACUGCAGUGGAGCCUGUCCACUCGUGCGCUCAAACCACGAUCUAACUCUCACAAGCCUACUGCUGCGGGGUGCCCUGCCACCCCCCCUACCUGGGGAGGGGUGGCACAACACACCCUGCUGCCGACCAACCCAUCACGAAGACCUGGCCUUCCUCGACAACGCACACCGCUGGCAUAAAGUGGAGCAGCUAUCUGCUGCUGCAUGCACCUGUGUAGGUUGAGGGAGUAGAGUAUGAGCAGAACAGGUGAUAAAGGGGUCAUUCCUAGAGAGGGGAGAGUUAACAAAACUUAAAAACAUGUGCAAUCAUACACCUAGUUUCAAAAACAAGAUACAGAGAAAGGUGUCUAAAACCACUGGCUACAAUUGGACCGCUAGUGCAACUCAUACAUUUCUGUGAGACAGAAUGGGGAAGGGGACUUCAAGUACAAUCCCUUGUGCAUAGGCACAAACUUGUAUAGAUGUUGUUUGCCGUUUUCCCUCUUUUUUGAGUAAGAACAACAAACCAGUUGGUUUGAGCUACUAUUUACUCUCCCAGUGCUAUACUGUGCUUUCUGUCUUGAGCUUCAGUGUAUUCCUCAUUCUGUGUUUACAGCUGAGCUCAAUUUCAGCAAAUGGGACAUGCUGAAUGUCACAUUUUAAUGCAGCUUAGUGUUCUGUUUUGACAUUGGUUACAAGGGCUCUUAAAGUGAAAUGUGCUUUCCUGCAUUGUGGCGCAACCAGCCACCGUCAACAGAAAAGAACAGCACUGAUGCAUUUGUUUUUUAAAAUUAUUUAUUUGGAAUACUUGUUUUGAUGCUACUUAAUUUAUUUUGUCUUUUUAUAUAACGAAUAUGUACCAUAAUAAACUACUUCCUGAAAUAGAAGCAGCUGUCUCAGUGAUUAUGGCAGACUUCUUAGUCUGCAACAUGCCAAGUUUUGAAGAGCAAUGCCACUGACUGAGCAGCCAUGUUGUGGAGAAUAUCUGAACUGUAGUCGUUUUGCAGACACGUUUCUUUAAACUUCAAAAGAUGGAAAAUUCCCUUUAUGUGCAAGUUAAUUUUCUAGAACUCCCCCAAUCUGAGAGGUGAUGCAAGUUUCACAAUAUCUUUAGCACCUGCUUCAAUUGAGCAAUUUCUACAAUUACAUUAUUCUUCAAAAUUAAAUCUGAAGGAUAGCCACUACAACAGAGCGGAGGGGGGAAAAAGACCUGUCCCUCGGUGACAUCAGAAUAUGUCAACUAAUUUAUCUAAUAAAUGAGCAGAGUUGUUCCUCUACUUUCAAAAUCACUUGGCACUAGACUGUCAAAUGUAUAACGUGCCACUGUUGCAAUAAGACGUGGUCUCUUUGCUCACU